AUGGAUAUAAAAGGAGAGGGUUGUCUACUGCAAAAUGACUCUCAUCAACAAAAGAAUUUUAUUGAAAGUCUGAGCCUUCUCAAGAGUGCAGUCAAUAAGAGAAGAAAGAAGGUAUGUGCGCUUUAGUGAUAUUUUGUGGUUAAGAAAGCGCUUUACUGGUACUAAAUACUAAUGAUAAAGACUGACGGAAUAAAUAUGCAGUGGUUUUUUAACUCGUGAAUUGCGCGCAUGCGCAAGAGCGAGUUAUAGAUACGAUGUGGGGAAUGGCAUUCGCUCGCUCGCCCGCUCGCUCGCUCGAUUGGUCGAUUCCUGUAAACUUUUUUUAGAUUUUAGGCUUUUGAGUGCAUUUUAUAGUUUUUGGCGAGCAAUAAACAGACGAAAUGGUGACCUUUGUUGCUAAGAAUAGUGGUGGGGGGAAAAAGAAGCCAAUGAUAAUCUUAAAAGAGUUUUUUUUUUCGUUUUAGUUUCAACAAGCGGCGCCAGCGACUGGCAGGCAUGCAAGGAUUCACACUGAAAUAACAGAACAACCUUCGUUUUUCAUAAAAAUUGUAAUUUACAAUCCUUGAACUUGAAAACAAUCCGAAGAUUCAUUGAAAAUAUCACUUACUGCGAAGCACUCGGAGUUUACAGAUGUUCAAAAGCUUUUUCUGUUACAGCGUGAGAUUGAGGACAAAAUUGAUCAUUUCGUUUCGUCGCGUGUAUUUUUCCUGUGUGAAGCAACAAAAGAUGCCGGCGACUGACGAAAUAACAAGUUAACACGAAAAUCAGAUAACACCUAAACAAACAAUUUUAGCUACCGAUUUUCAGUGAAUUUUUAAAGAACAAUUUUCUUUUAAGUUUCAAGACAAUUUGAAGAUUCAACAUACAUACAACGUACUAAAAUGCGAAAGUUACACACCACAAAAUUGAUAAAUAGGCCUGAAAUGAAAUUCUAUCUUGUUAUCGAUCAUACGUUGCCUAGCACGUGACCUAAAUCUACCCAGGCGGAGAUCCAAAAUGACGGUGGCAGGCUUGGCUUAGUUACAUCACUCAAAACUCGUUCCCGUUUGUCUCAUUUGAUAAAGAGGGAAUCGUUAAUGUUUUCAUUAAGACAGUAUUGCCUUGAUUUUCUAAUAUUUACAACGAAAGACAGUAAAUUUCACUUUUCACCCACAUUUACUUCCAACCUUUUCUUUUGAACCAGAAACAAAAAUGAUAGACGUUUAAAACACAUGACAUCAUCCACCUUGUCAAAUGUAAUAGCAUGAUCAUUUCAAUUGUAAUGCCUUCUUAUCCCAACGUUACUUUGUUUCUUUGCUACAUUAGCGAACACUGAACUACUGCUCGUACUCUAGAUAUGACAACCAACCACCAGAUAACAUUAAACAUAAUCUAAAAAAUCAUGUGUCAAUUCACGAGUUUGCUCACAGAGCACUUUGAUCUAUCCGCACAUCUAAUAUUCUUUCUGGCGUCGGUUGAAACACUUGUUUUUCACCACCUGGAAUUUUUUUACAUUUGUAUUGAGAAACCCUCGAAAGUUCCUGCGUAACAUGACUAGCUUUGCUCAAGAAAAGAAAUCUCACCGGUGAAGCGGAAAAUGAUCUAUAAGCUUGUCAAUGUAAGGCGAGAGGACUCGAUUAGCAAGUAAAAGAGAGGUGUCUGGUUUCGAACGUAAAAUUAAUUCAAGUUGAUAGUUUAAACGUAAACAAGCGCAAGGAUCCGCGCGGCUUGCGCCUUGGCGAGUGCUACGCCAAUGUAGGACUCUUCCGAACAACUUUCUCUUUGGAAAUAACUACGCAGUCAUAGCAUGAAGUCCACAACUGUAGAAUGAUUCAGCGACAAGAGCGGCUUAGCGAAGCCAAAACGUGUCAUGACGUUUGAGGAUAACCUGUUUACACUGUGUGACGUGACUAUCAGGUGACAGUUGUUGUUCCUGGCGUGUUCUAUCCGUGACCGACAGAUUUAUUGGUUUGUGACACAAAGAGCGAUUAUCUGCUCUGCUACGACAAUAUCAUUGUUAAAUUCUGCCAGCUAACCGAUAUUUUACUCUGAUCAGACCUUUGACUCUGAGUUAGCAUGAAGGCCGGUGAAUGUUGUGCAUUAAUUCUUACCAAAAGAAUACCCUUCCAUUCAAUCUUGUUUCUAGAGCCUCGAUUCUACUGCAAAGAACCGCAAUAAAAUGAUUCUUUUGAUAAGAAUUUUGGUUCUUAACGAGAGAAAAUGCUAUUCGUGGAAUUAAGAGUGCUCGGCAAGGACUUUGUUUUCGAGAGAGAUUUCGAAUGCAUCAUGUUCUGCAUGGAGAUACAAGAGUAUCAUUUAACGCUUGAAACAAUUGGGUACUGAGAUUUUUCGAUAAUACAUUUCUGGCGUCUAUAACAUAACUAAGGAGCUCUUUAAGUAGAAUUAUCAUUUUUAAACAAACAUUUCCCAAACAUCAGGUAAGCGCGGGAACUUAGUCCCGCGAAAUUUCUGCGCGAGGGUACGAGUGUAUUCUGCGGUAUCUGCGAAAUAGGGUUAUCGUUCUUUCUUUUAGCUAAGGACUUAACUGUGUAUUGUUUCGCGAGAAAGAAAUUCUACUCGCUGGCCUGACCAAUUUGACGCUACUGUAAUUUAAGGUUGUAUGCCUGAUGAUCUCUGUCUUGAGCUACAUGAUGACGCGCGAUAAAUCUCGCUGCUUGGUAACGUGAGCCGAAAUUGAUAAUGCCUAAACCAUUUUAUCAGCAAAGUAAGGUUUACCUUUGCUUCUGUGCCUUCGAAGCAAGAAAAAGAAUUUUUUUGUGGUGAUUUGAUGGCGGUUGCUUAAAAUCACACGGUGUAUCAUUCAACCGUUGGAACCUAACAUGAGCAAGAUGAACUAAUUAUGGAAAGAAUCCUGACAUCACAGCUUAUAUAUUACUUCCCUGUAACAUGACGGGCUCUUGGUAGGUUAGUGUGUUUUCUAACUAAUUGUACUGCAUUAUUUCGCAGUCUCAAAGGCACAAUCCUAAAUAUGCUCUCGUUCUUUUGUUAUUGCUUACCCACUCUCUUGGGUACUUAGUCCUCAAUUGCCUGUCUCAUCUUAGUAUACCUAUAUUUUUUUCUUCCGGUUUAGUUACCCGGUUCAUCUGGUUCUGUCUCUCUUAAGUGGUCAGUCCUAUUUGGACUGUUGUCAUCUGAAGGCAGAACAUUUCCUUUGUUUUUCCACUUGGUUCUGUCUCUCUAGAGUGGUGAGUUUCAUUUGGGCUGUUGUUAUCUGAAGGUACAACCUUUGGUUUUUUUCCUCCUGGCUCUGUCUCUCUUGAGUAGUCAGUCCUAUUUGGGCUGUGGUCAUCUGAAGGCAGAACAUAUCCUUUUUUUCCACCUGGCUCUGUCUCUCUUGAGUAGUCAGUCCUAUUUGGGCUGUUGUUAUCUGAAGGCAAAACCUUUUUUUUCUGUUAGCUCUGUCUCUUGGGUAGUCAGUCCUAUUUGGACUGUUAUUAUCUGAAGGCAGAACCUUCACUUUUUUUCACCAGGCGUUGCUUCUCUUGGGUAGUCAGUCCUAUUUGGGCUGUUGUUAUCUGAAGGCAGAACCUUUCUUUUUACUUUCACCAGGCUCUGUCUCUCUCGGAUAAUUGGUCCUAUUUGGGCUGUUGUUAUCUAAGGGUAAAACCUUUCCUUUUUUUUACCUGGUACUGUAUCAAUUGGGUAGUCAGUCCUAUUUGGGCUGUUUUUAUCUGAAGGCAGAACCUUUCUCUUUUUUUUUUCACCCAGCUCUGUUUCUCUUGGGUAGUCAGGUCUAUUUGGACUGUUGUUAUCUGAAAGUAGAGCCUUUCCUUUUUUUUUCUCCUGGCUCUGCCUCCCCCGGGUAGUCAGUCCUAUUUGGGCUGUUUUUAUCUGAAGGCAGAACCUUCCUGUAUUUUCUCUCCUGUUUCUGUCUCUCUUGUGUAGUCAGUCCUAUUUGGGCUGUUGUUAUCUGAAGGCAGAACAUUCCUUUUUUUCCUCUGGCUCUGUCUCUCUUUGGCAGUCAGUCCUAAUUGGGCUGUUGUUAUCUGAAAGCAGAACUUUCCCUUUUUUUCUCCUGGCUCUUUCCUUUGGUAGUAAGUCCUAUUUGGACUGUUUUUAUCUGAAGGCAGAACCUUCCUGUAUUUUCUCUCCUGUUUCUGUCUCUUUUGGGUAGUCAGUCCUAUUUAGGCUAUUGUUAUCUGAAAGCAGAACUUUCCCUUUUUUUCUCCUGGUUCUGUCUUUUGGGUAGUCAGUCCUAUUUGGACCGUUUUUAUCUGAAGGCAGAACCUUUCCUUUUUUUUCUCCUGGCUCUGUCUCUCUUGGGUUGUCAGUCCUAUUUGGGCUGUUGUUAUCUGAGGGUAGAACCUAUCCCUUUUUUAUCAGCUUUUGUCUCUCUUGGGGAGAUGGUUCAUUCUAGACUGUGCGUUUUGUCUAAUGACAAACUAAUUUUGAGUAUGAAUCUCGACAUAAUGAAAUUUACUUGUCUUGAUUGUACAUUUUUUUUCCUUUACAGAUUUAAUUUAAUAUUAACCAUGAAAAACCGUGAUGCCACGUUUCUAUAAUGAAAAAUUAGUUCUCCUGUUGCGACAACCAACCAACUCGAACUGAAUCAACACCAUAUAGUAAGUGCACGUUCGGUUGACAGACUUUCUUGGCUUUUUUUCUUGGCGGUGUCUGCCCUCAAAUCUCGUGGAUGUUUCAUUUAAAGAAUAAAUUACCUAUGAGUUAAAUAUACCUCUUCUCGUAACGUAUUCCAUUGCAUUUACAUUUCCAACUCUACUCUCAACUAUGAUAACUUCCCUUGCUUAAAAAUCAACUUGAGAUACCAGAUGUAAAAUCGAUCAUAGAUUGUUAAAGAGUUUUGUGAGUAAAGAGCUUUUUCUUCUAGUUUUCGUUUGUUUUCUCGCAGCCUAAUACAUGUAGUUAGCUGUGUUCGCAGUGGAGCGUUAGGAAACCCCGGCGGGAAAAGACUUCUAAGAUUUUAUUCCUUUAAUGAUCGCUUUAAAAUACAUUACUUCCCUAGUAUUUGCCAAUUAUGUGCUGCUGGCGAAGGGUGCAAAAAACUCCCUUAUAUAUUUCUCUACAGGCAAAUAUUAUCGGGGGAAAAAACAAAGCUUGAGUUUUGCUGCGCUAUGUGAUCCAUGAGUGUUCUCAUCGUGGUUAUAGUUUGCUGUUGUUUAAGGUGUUGUCUUCCAGAGUGAACAUGCCGUCACCACAUUUUUGUUAGCGUUUAAAAGUCGAAAAAUACAUGGUUUUGGUGAAAAACUUCAUCCUUUUCAAAUCUUAACAGCUGUCGAGUUUUAUGUACCAAUAGAAUAGGUCAGCAAAUUUUACGUCGGCGUCGAUCCCUUAUUAUCCUUAUUAUCCUACAAAAAGGAAAUUUCGAUCAUUGAGUUAAACUGUAAAAUUUCUUUGGCUUACGUGAGUUGUUAGCUCCACGUUAGGGUUUAACCUUGAAAAAUGCAAGGGCACGUGUACCUAUCUGGAAAACAUUCGUAUUAUGACAAGAAAGGUCAGCUGCAAGGUUUUGGGUUACUCUCGCCAUGCAAUUUAGACGCCGAAAAGUGCUAAAAAAAUAAUUACCGAAAAUUCAUCCGUAAUACCUCGGUCGUAGUGUGGGCGCGAACUCAUAAAUGUUUUUGGUGGGCAAAGCUCGUCGUGAAGCACGAUAUAGUUCUGAAACUGAACUGUUUCACGGUCCCACGGGUUGCUUAGCUUCUCUACACUUUAAUAAAUGAUUCAGUUGAGCAAUUGGUAUCGUUAUUUAGACCAUCAAUGAGAGAAAAAGACUCGAAUUAGAGUUUGCAUGUACUCCAGGAUUACGAAAGUCACUCUCAAAAAAAGUAACUAAGCUUGCAUUACAACGGAAUUAAAUGGCGGUGUUUUCUAGCUCCGGAGGAAAGUGUAUAUUGAUUUCUGCACGCGGCCAUUUCUUACAAAUAUCAGAAAUGACCCCUUAUCACUUUGUCAACAAUUUCCAAAUUAUGAACACCCAAAACUGACUUGUGAGAUGGAGAUUGAUCUCUUUAAUCUCUUCUUUCCCUAUUGGGUGAUAUCGGACGUCUCUGGCUCUUGAUCUCAUCCACCCACCCUAGAGACUAGACUAGAAUGUCUAACCAUUUGCAGAUGUAAUUACAAAGGCAGCACAUUCUCCUCAGUUAUUUUAAGACCCUGAGUGAUUGGUCCGGUCUGGGGCUCGAACCCUCGACCUCCCGCAUAGCAGACUGGCGCCCUAUCAACUGAGCUAACCAGGCGGCGGUAUAAUGUUUAAGUUUGGAGCUCGCCGACCAAACGUUAAAUCUGUGAGUUGAAAUGUUAUUCUAUGUGGGGUGAAAUGGUGAUUCAUGUUCCAUACCGAUAAGAUUUCCUCUUGUUAAGCAGGUGAUAUUUGAAGUUUUUUGAUGUAUGUUCUUUGGAUUCCGUUGCGCAUUAACGGGUUGGAAAUUGUGAAAGAGAAAGCAUUAGCUUUUAGUGUUUGCCUGCAAACUUUACUCCCCUGUUAAGAAAUUUCAUUACAUCAAGGCAUUCUUACAAAGCUUCACUGAGUGGGAACCUUUGUCUGUUACUGAAGUACUCGAUAUUCCGGCAGAACAAGUUGAGUUUUUCUGUCUCAAGGCUGAACGCGUAUCCAUCAUGCAUCAGGUCCCGAAUGUUUAAAAAGCGGUUAGCGUUUAUCCAGAUUUAAACUUUUAACUUGUUAUUAGUUGCCCUUGAAAUAAAGUUUGCAUUAGGGCCUAAGUUUGUGGGGUUUUACCUUAGUGUGACCCAAAAGUGAAGGGAAAAAAUCCAAUUUACAUUGUCUGCAAAGCUACAAAAACUAAACUACAAAUUGUUGGCUAACCCUCGGUUAGCUUAAUCGUACUAAGAACAAUCCGGCCCGGGUUAAUAAACUUUUCUCCUUACAUAGAGAAUUUUCUCUAAGAAAUCUCCCACCGAUAGAAAAAAAUUCAUCUCUCUUAAUGCUCUGAGACGUAAAAGCCCAAUCAGCAUCAUUCUUGUUCUGAUAAACUAAUACGUAUAUCUGUAUGUGUACUUGUAGUUUGUUUCAAGUCCAAGAUGUCAAGCUAUCCUCGAUGAGAUUAUCUUUUACGAGAUGCGGGAUUGGCAGGACAAGAGCAUGGCAAAGAAAUUUUUUCGAUGCCUUUGCCAGUUUUUCGUCGUCUUACUUGUUACUCCUUUGUUUUACGUUUUCAUUCGACCACCCAUGAAGAUAUGGCGCAGUCUGAGUGAUAUCGAAUGCCUUGCGUACGUAGAGAAGUUCUAUGAGUAUCCCUACAAUAAGUUUGCAAACCACACCAUGUUUUACAUUGUAUUCCUGUGCCUGCUUUUCGCCUCAACUUUCACCUUUGAAAACGAGUACAGAACAAGCACAACAGGGCUUGCAUCCAUUGGUAAGUUGUGCAGAUUGAUUCUUUACCACUUUGAGUGUAUUAGCUAAGAGCAACGGCUGAUUCUGCUGAUACCGUUUAAUUUCGUAAUGCAUAAUCCUGAAUUAGCUGGCUAGACUAACGGGAGAAGGGGGUGGAGGGGUGGAGUAGAGGUGGGGCACUUACCUCCAACUACUCUUUGGGUUAAAAAUGUUGUCUAUUUCUUUAUUUCGUGAUGCAUAAUCCUGAAUUGGGUGGUUAAACUAACGGGAGGGGGUGGAGUAGAGGGGGGAUACUUACUUUCAACCACUCUUUGGGUAAAAAAUGUUGUCUUUAUCAGUAGUAACCUCAAACUGCAAGGUUCUGAAAAGGUAAACUAGUGCGACAUUAAAGGAAUUUAAUCAACAUCUCGUUAGCGUGAAGCAUUAACAGUAUUAAAUAUUUCAAAAAAUAAUGAAACAUCGUCUCCAAUUCAUUUCGGCAGAGUCAGUUGCAGUUCUGAUUUGUUCACAGAUUACGCUGUCCUUGUUUUUUUCGUCGGUUUCCUUCUACAAGAAAUUUGGGAAGUUUGUCAACAAGGAUUCUGCAUCUAUAUCUCGAAAUGGUGGAAUGUCGUGGACGCAAUUACACUUUUCACACUCCUGGCAGCUUAUACAGUAUGGCUCGUCACAUGGCUAAGCGUUUAUAAAGAAUGGGAACCGAGGAAGAAUGCCUUCAUUGUGGCAGAUGUCUUGUAUGCAAGCGCCACAGUGUUAGCGUUCUUUCACCUGGCUCACGCAUUUCAAGUCAGCUCAACUCUUGGCCCUUUGCAGCUUUCAUUGUACAGAAUGCUGAAAGAUGUGGCCAAGUUUCUUUUCAUUUUUCUGAUGCUUUUCAUUGCAUUUGCAACCGGCCUCAUAAAAAUUUAUUCAUGCUAUGUGGUCUCUCAAGUGAAACUUCGUGAAGAGGGCGAGAGCAAAUUCCAGGACUUCCAUCCAUAUGCUGAGUAGGUGGAUACUAUUGCGAUAUUUAUAUAAGAGAGUGGGCGCCCAUAAGCAAACAUACAAUAUUUCAUCUAUAAUUAUAUAGAAAAAUAUUGCUAAAAGAAAUUUAAAGUGCUUUAAUUGAUUUGAUGAAUGGACGGACGAAGAAAGACUUAUGCCCAUGUAAUCGGACAGAUAGACAAACAUCAGGGCCCAGUUGUUUAAAGGUCAGAUAACGCUAUCCAACGGAUAAAUUACUAUCCAGUGGAUAAGUAAUAGCAAAAUGUAUAGCGUCAACCACCGUAUAGAGUUUUAUCCAGUGCAUAGCGUUAUCCCUAUCUAGCUGACCAGUGAAAAAGAUAUCUCAUAUUUUCAUCAUUCGAAACUUUUCAGGCACGAGAUCACUUUUAUUAGCUUCGUCUGGUCACUGGUUGGCUACGUGGAAGAAGACAAACUAAGGGUUGAUGAUCCUGCCUUUUAG